AACUUUUAAAAACAUUUUUGUACAGAGGGAGGACUCUGGAUUCUGUCCCCAAUCACUUACAUUGUAAGUGCAUUAUGAUAUGUUUUUCAGGUUUUUCAAGUUUUUCCUCUAGUGUUCAAAUUUGCUUAAUGCAGCUUUAAGUUGCAUUUCCACCAAAACGAAACUGACAUUCUUUCCAUUGUUCUGUGAACCUGUCCAUUACUGCAGACAAGCGCCUCAUAAAAAGUAGACAAUGCUGCUGCUUCAAUAACAAACUAAUUAAAUAGACUAACUAAACAGAAACAAAAAGCAAAAUACCUCUGCCUUAACUGCCCAGUAACAUGUAGCUGUAAAUAGAAAUGUAGAAAGGCUGGUUGUUAUAGGAACAUGAGGGUGUACUAUUAUUGUUAUGAAUUCAAGUUGACUGAUAUAGUUGUAACUAUUGCCUGAAGAAUAAGGUAUCAAAAGUGUUUCAUUCACUAAAAGUUCUCAUUUAAAGGAAAAAAACUGCUAAUAAUCAAGGGGACUAAUCAUAAUGUAAAUACAGCAUUUUAUUGACUUUAUGGUCAAACUGGUAAACAAAACUACAAAAUAAACAGUCAUGAAUAAUUUAAUGCUUGUCAUUGUUUGAAAACUCAUGUUUCUGUAUGUAUUUUAUUGUUGAGUAUUUUAAAGUUGAGGAACAGUAAUUUCAAAUUAGCUUAGGCGAUAGACACAGUAGUAUGUGGCACUGUCUCAUGCUAUGUGUAUGUCCCUAUACAAAUAAACAUUUAAUAAAUGACAUAAACUGAAAGCAGGAACCCAACAGAAAACAUUUGAGUAUAUCUGAAAAAUGGCCUGCAUUAAUUUCUUAUGACCAUCAUAUAGAUGUUUGGAUUUCAUGCAAAAAAUACUGUACAUACACAUACCUGUAUUUUUUUUUUAAAUAGACCCCCCAGAGAACAAAGGAUGUACAACUGAAAACUGAAAAGUGAAUUUAUUAGCUGCAGAUAUACAGUACAUCUGUGCACAUUCAUAAACCUUGCAGUUCAGUAAACAAGAGAAAAAAAUAAACUGAGUCAGAAUGGUGAAAUGAAUGUGUGUCAUCCAUAAUGAGUCAUCCCAUCACCUGUCAAACUGGACAAACAUCUAAUCAGGAUUAUUGUUCCUCAGCUCAGUGCAGAGGAGCUCAGUAUUAAAAGUACAUGUAAAUACACAUAAUGCUGCCUACAUGUACAUCGUGCUACUAAGAGAAAAACAAAAAGCAAAAUACUGUAAAAAACAUAGAAAGGCAGGUUGUUAUAGGAAGAGUAAGGCAUAUUAUCACUGUUAGAAAUACCUUUUGACUGAUGUAGUUGUCACAGUUGCCUGAAAAAUAAUGUAUCAAAAAUGUUUAAUUCACUAAAGUUUCUCAUUUAAAAAAAAAAAAAAAGCAACCAGUCAUUAUUUAUCAGUAUUUCAUGUGACAUUACAUGAAUAUUUGAAAGUUGGCAAACAAUCAAGCAGGAACCAAAAUAUAACAAAUUUCAGCACUUUUUUGACAGAAAACCGCAAUUUUGACAUUUUCACUUCCCAUGGUUAGAAAAGGUUUAUACUUGCAAAAUAAUUGGAACAGUUGAAAACUGUCAUCCAAAGGUAUUACAGUGGGAAUUGUGUACAAAUGUGCCACACAAUGACAGAACAUUGAUUGGGGUUAAGUUUCAAUUUCUUAGUUAUUUGUGAUAAGAAUAGUAUGCCUCCAUGUUAUCAGCAGUUCACGAGAAAAGCUAUUGCAUCACCUAACUAUCAUUUUUGAUUUGUUAUACUUUGACGUAGUUGAAUAGUUAGGUUUAUUUGUUCACUAAAACCAGUUUUUCAGCUGGCCUAUUGUUCUGAAACAUAGUGCGCAUACCAGGGUAUUUGGCAGGACUGUCACCAUUUUCUGCAGACACCCUAUACCUGUAUAUAAAGAUGCUGCAGGUGGAUGUGAGAGGCAGAGAAUCUGGAGACAGAGGUGAGUCUGGUGCAUCAUGGCUUCCACACUGAUGCUCCUGCUUCAGCUGCUGCUGGUCUCACUGGCGUCUGCUUCUCAUCACUUUGGGGGAACUGUGACCUUCAGCUACAAAGGAAGAAACCCUGAUGGAAGUUUUAAGGUGGAUGUUCGAAACAGGGCAACCUAUGAUGGCUGUCAGUACUCCCACUACUGGCGCUGUUACUCCGGCAACUGUGGCUCCGAUGUCAAAAGUCAGAGAGGCAUACUUGACAGGAGUACAAAUGCACCACGAUCUAACAGGCAAUGGUGUGAAACUGAAACAGUGUUGACAAAACGUAUCACAAAUGACAAACCUUUCCAAAUGAGUGCAUAUAGCUGCUGUUGGAUCCCAACACGUAACUCUGUUCGGCAUUGGAACCUACUGACUUAUGUGGAUUUGGGAACAAGAUCUGACACCGGGGAGCCAAACAGGUCACCAGACAUUGCCAUUCUGCCUUUCCUACGAGUUCCUCAGAACUGCCCACGAACAUACAGGCUGAUGUCCUUUGAUCCUGAUGGUGACAAAGUUCGAUGCAGAUAUGGAAAUAUUAGAGGUGCAGAGUGCAGCACAUGCGACCAACCGUCAGGCUUCCACUUAGAUCAGGGUUCUUGCACAUUACACUACCACUACGCCAAUGCCGACCCCAGAGUUUAUGGAUUUGAAUUGGUGGUGGAAGACUUCCCACGACGGCCGAUCACACUGGCCUACACAGACGGAUCCCGUUCCUCCAGAUCUCCACUGACUGUGAGGAGAAAGAGACAAGCCUUUUGGCAUUCUAUAACCACACCCUCACCCACAGCCCCAUUGUGGUGGUGGUGGCAUUCUACAACCACAGCACCAGCCGCAACCGCAGCCCCAUGGGGGUGGUGGUGGCAUUCUACAACCGCAGCACCAGCCACAACCACAGCCCCAUGGUGGUGGCGGCAGCAAUCUACAACCACUACUGUAACACCAGCACCAGCCACAACCGCAGCCCCAUGGUGGUGGUGGUGGCAUUCUACAACCGCAGCACCAGCCGCACCUGCACCCACAACCCCAUGGUGGUCGUGGUGGCAUUCUACACCCGCAGCACCAACCGCACCUGCACCCACAACCCCAUGGUGGUGGUGGUGGCAUUCUACACCCGCAGCACCAACCGCACCUGCACCCACAACCCCAUGGUGGUGGUGGUGGCAUUCUACACCCGCAGCACCAACCGCACCUGCACCCACAACCCCAUGGUGGUGGUGGUGGCAUUCUACACCAGCAGCACCAACCGCUCCUGCACCCACAACCCCAUGGUGGUGGUGGCAUUCUACACCCGCAGCACCAACCACAACCACCCCACCGUACACUACAACCACAGGACUCCCGUACGCCACCACUCCUCCCCUCAGCAAACUACCUUUGCAGUUCUCUUUGCUUGUGGACCCACCUGCUCCCUCAUGUCAGGAGGGAGAGUACCUGCCAAGGUUUGUGAAUCCAACACCCCAAAAUGGAGAACGCAUCCAUGCAGAGGUCAACAAAGAAGUGGAGAUCAGAGUGAAAGCACAAGCUAGAUACUCAACAAUACAUGAUAUCAUCAUUAGUGGGCCAAUGAACAUCAGCAAACACAGGACCACACAUGACGAGUUUGUCAUUAGGUGGACGCCUAUUCCAGAGGACUUGGGAGAUCAUUAUCCGAUCUGCUUUGCUGUUGAAUCAUUCACAGGGUCUGCUGUAACCGCCAGUCAAAGAACAUCCCGUCACCAACACCAUUACCACCCCACCCCAUCUUCACAGUCCGGCAUCUAUCAGUCUGAGAUGAGGUGCGUUUUGGUGGACGUUAAGAAGGAGGAAGUUAAAACCAACGUGAUCUGCACUGAGUCCACAAUGACAGUAGAGGUUGAGAAAUCUUCACUCUCUGGACUCCAUGAGGAUCAUCUGCAGCUCAGUGAUCCCACCAACACCGCCUGCAGCCUCCAACACCACUCAAACAGCACACACGUCAUCGCUGUCAUCCCCCUCAACGCCUGCGGCACUCAGCUCGAGGAGGAUGAGGACAACCUCAUUUUCAAGAAUGAAAUCACAACGGUUGACAACCACAGAGACCUGAUCACCAGGAAACACCAGCUGGAAGUGGAGUUCUACUGCCAGUACCCCAAACAGGGAAAUGUGACACUGGGUUUCACUGCACACAGGAAGAAUGUCACAGUGUGGGAGAAGGGCUUCGGCACAUUCACCUACCAGUUUGAGUUCUACCAAACCAAUCAAUUCCGAACCAUGAUCAAUCCAAAUUCAUACCCUCUGGAGUAUGACGUAGGGAGCAGGGUCUACAUGGAGAUUGAGGCCUCCUCUUCAGUCAACAACACUGAGCUGUUUGUGGAGUCCUGCUGGGCUGCACCGUAUGAUAACCCCAACUACUGGCCAACCUACUCCAUCAUUGAAAAUGGGUGUAACGUGGACGAGACUGUUAAAAUCCAUUCCACCGACAAUCGGAGACAAUUCAGGUUCUGCAUGGAGGCCUUCAAGUUCAUUGGAAUGCAUGACCAGGUGUACAUCAGCUGCUCAGUCCUGAUGUGUGAAGCAGGGAACCCCAACACCAGAUGCUCACGGGGGUGCAUCAACUCUACACGGUCAGGCAGUCACCACCAUCAUCAUCGCAAGAGAGAGGCCGUCAUCCAGAGUGCAAGCCACUUUGUUUCCCAGGGUCCACUGCGCCUAAGGAGAUCAGCAGAGAGCACUGAAAACACAGUGACCAACCUGAACCUGAACCUGAACCUGGUAUUCAUCGCUGGAUGUCUUCUAGCAGCUGUUGGCAUGAUCAGUGCAGUGGUCAUGUACAAAGCCAAAAUGUCAAAGGUCAAAUACCAACCUUUGCCUGUAUUUGAAAACUAGGACAGCAGCGUGUGCAGAAUACCAAUUUCAUAUUCAUUAUGUUUGAAAUUAUAAAGCAAUUUUGAUCAUUUCUGCUAUCAAAUAUUGGAUGUUCAUGUAUCAGAAAUAACGGGUGAUUUAUGUGCACAUCUAAAUGAAUCAAUUUUAUAUUGAAGAUUAGGUUCACAUUUUUUUCAAAUCUAUCUUAAAACAAUACUCACUUGUUCAUUUAUACCUUAAAACAGUUUUUGGUUGCUGCCAUUGCUCCUCUUGUUCAUUCUGGGUGUAAGAGGAUCCUUUCCUGAGGUGAUUCGAUGUAUGAAAGGAUGGACAGAAUCCAGCCCUUGUUCGGUGUAAACAUUGCCUCUUAAGUUCAGAUGAAGCUUCAGCAGUCUGAGUUAGACAAAUUGAGUGGUUAUCGUUCAAAAUUACAAUAUUUUUAGUACAAAAUUUCCUCUUUGUGCUUCAAUGGACAGCGUUUGGUUGCUGAGGCAUGAAAAUGUAUUUCUAUACAGAACAAGCACUAUGGAUUUUGUCUACUGUCACCUAUAUUGAAAUUGUUUUUGAAGAAAUCUUUAUGUUGCUGGUAUUAACAGGAGAAAUUGUUGCAGCAAAGAAAAAUCUUAAACUAUCAUUUAACAUCCUUAAAAAUGUCUACUUUGUAUACACUGAAAAAUACUCCAGAGAGGAACAAAAAGUGUGUUUGAAACUUGUAACCCAGAAAGUUUUAUAUUGAGCCACACUGAAAGGAUGAUCAGCUGGCACUGCAGCUGUUGGGUGAUUGUUCAUUUGCAGUGGUCAAUGCUGUGGGAUGUCAAGAAAUUUUACCAGAACUUCUACUAUUCUGUAUUACAGUAUGAUUUAAAACAAUAAUCUUGAUUGAUAUGUAAUGUGUAAUCCUGUUUUAUCUGUUAUCCAGUUUAUCAUUUCUAUGUCAAAUGCUCUCAUUACAUGAGAAAAAAAAAUGAGGAGACCAAAGUCAAUCUUGAUACUCUUGCUUAAUUAAUCAAUAAAAAUAU